UCCAUUAGUCCAGAAACACCAAGUUUUUUAUUCUGAGAAAAAGAAAAACUCAUUCAACAAAGUUUUUUUAGUAAUGGCUUUCUGUUCUCCAACUAACCCACAUUUUUUCCAACCUCUUCUUCCCGGUUUCACCAAGCACCUCGACAUUCCUGCGGCAUUCUUUUUGAAGCACUUAGAUAAAAGUAACAAAGGCAAAACAGCAAAGCUGAGAUCAGACGCAUCCGAGACGACCUGGAACGUGAAGCUUGACGGCCGGAGAUUCUCUGACGGUUGGGAAUAUUUCGCCGUCGCUCAUGAUCUCCGAGUUGGUGACAUUGUUGUUUUCAGACACGAAGGAGAGUUAGUGUUCUAUGUCACAGCUUUAGGACCAAGUUGUUGUGAGAUUCAAUAUGGAGAAGAAGAUAGCCAAGAAGAGGACAAAAGUGAGGAGCUUUGUGAUACUAUGGAGAAGAUUUCAAGAAUGAAGAAGAGACCAAAAACAGAAAAAAAAAAUUCAGAAGACCAAUCUUGUUUUGUUAUUACAGUCACGGAAUCAAAUCUAAGGCGUGAUAUAGUGUAUCUUCCGAAAGCCUUUGCAGUGGUAAAUUGUCUGAUGAAGAAACUUGAGAUUGUUUUAAUGAAUGAAGAACGAGAAUCAUGGAAGUUAUACUUGACACAAGAGUCAUACUCAAGCCGGUUUUACAUGAGCAAAGGCUGGAGAAGUUUCUGUGUUGCUAACGGGAAGAAACCUGGAGACAUGUUCACAUUCAAAAUGGUCCAAAAUGAAGCAACACCUGUGCUCAAAUUGUUACCCUUGAACAAUGAAGAUCUGCAUAAACUUGUUGAUACAGAGGAAGUUCCAAAAAAGAAGCGUCAAGAAAUAGAAGCAGAUUCUUCUUUCGUGGCCAUUGUCACGGCUUCAAACAUAAGGCGCGAUACAAUGUAUCUUCCAAAAAAGUUUGCAGCGUCAAAUGGUCUGAAAAGUAAAUUUAAGAUUGAUUUAAUGAACGAAAAGGGAGAAUCAUGGACGAUAGAGUUGAGACACGAGCCAUACUCAGGCCGGUUUCUUAUAAGAAGCGGCUGGAGAAGUUUUUGCGUAGCUAAUGGGAAGAAGCCUGGAGACAUGUUCAAUUUCAAAUUAAUCCGAAACGUCGAAACACCUGUCCUCAAGUUGUUCCCUUUGAAUCUGCCCAAGCUUGAGCCUAGCAAUGACACAAGACAAGGUUUCGAAGCUACGGAAAAAGAGUUUCUUGGUGUACAAACUAACCGUGAUGACUCAAGGCAAGAACCUACCAACGAAGCUAUUAGGAAAGGAAAAUGGUUAGAAGCUAAUGAAACUACCAUCAAAGAAGAAAAUAUCACAACAAGCGAAAACCGAUUUGUGACAUUAAUACUUACAACUAGUAAACUUGAUCUUCCGUUGGAAUUCACGAAGGGGAAUGGAAUAAAAAAUGCAGAGAAGAUAAAGAUGAUUGACAGGUACGGUACAACAUGGUCGACUUCAUUACUCAUGGAUAAGAAGAAAAGAGGAGCAAUGAAAUUAGGAAAGGGUUGCAUACGCUUCUGUGAAGUCAACGGCGUUAAGAUGGGCGAGUCUUUUGUCUUGGAGUUGGUUUGGGAAGACACAGUUCCGGUUCUUAAGUUCUGUUCCAAAUGUUGAGAACCAUAUCAAGAAAUUUUUUUUAGAUAUUAUGUUAAGGAUCGCUGCUCAA